AUGGCGCCGAUUGUCAAAGUCGCACCGAUGCAACUCGAGCACAAUUUCAACAAAGCAGCAAAUUAUGUCCGGUCGGCUGCAGCUCAGGGUGCAGAGUUAGCUGUGUUGCCAGAGUAUCAUUUGACGAGCUGGGAACCGAAAGAUCCAGGGUUUGUCGGCCUCUGCGACCAGUGGGAGGUGUAUCUGAGAAAGUAUCGUGAUUUGGCGAAAGAGUGUGGGAUAUGCAUUGUACCAGGCACAAUUGUCGAAUCACAUCGCGAUGCCGAUAAGGAGGAGGAUAAACUUCUGAACUCCAGACAAAUCCUAAAUGUCCCUUUUAAUUCAGAUGUCUGCUACUUCAUCGAUCACGAAGGCAACAUUGCAGGAAAGUACAUCAAGAAGAACUUAUGGGGCCCCGAGCGCGACCACCUCACCGGAAGCGGCCGCGACGUGCACGAAGUCUUCGACACGCCCAUUGGGAAAGUAGGCAUGUUGAUAUGCUGGGACCUCGCGUUCCCAGAAGCAUUCAGGGAACUCAUCGCCAACGGCGCCAAGAUAAUCAUCAUACCCACCUUCUGGACCCUCAACGACUGCAACGCCGCCGGCCGAGCUCUAAACCCCACGGCCGAAGCAUUGUUCCUAGAAAGCAUGCUGACUGCUCGUGCGUUUGAGAAUACUUGCGGUGCGUCCCCCUCCCCCACCUCACCCCCAACACAACUAACAGCGAUACUAGCCAUCGUCUUCGCAAACGCUGGCGGGCCGCCAGGGUUGGGAUUCUGCGGCUUGUCGCAAGUCACGGUGCCGUUUGUGGGGGCGCUGAGUAAACUGGGUGGAAGUGCGGAGGGCAUGGCUGUUGCAGAUAUUGAUAUGCAAGUGCUGGAAGAUGCAGAGGCUAAUUAUCAGGUUCGGGCGGAUUUGGGGGAGUGA